CUGCCGUUGGGAGGUUCUUGUCAACCCCCCUGAAGGAGAUUAUUUGUUUUCAUAUUCUACAUAAGAAUAGUUCAGAGAGGUUAAUUGACUUCCUCACGGUCACGCAGCCAGUGGUAGCAGAGCUAGGAUUUAUAGUUCCCGCUUGAAAAGCCCGAGAGUGUCGGCUUAACCCUCUGGGACCUGCGGACUGGGGAGGCAAGGUAGAGCCAGCUGUGUGGAGCUUUGAGGCCAGCAGCCCAGAGAGAAGCAGUGAAAUCCUGGAGUCCAGCUGAAAUGAACUGGCCUCCUUGAGCCGGCCCCAGCCCCUGUGCCAGGCCAGGCCUCUGUCCCAGCACUGAGCACUGAACCUGAGUCACCGUUGGAUCCAUGUCACUUACCACUGGGCCAGAACAGCAUAGCACUCUAUGUUUUUUGAUCAUCCGAAGCAAAAUGAGCCUUGGCCUCCAGACCCAAUAAAGCAAAGAUUCCUCCCAUGGAGAAUAGCAGUGGUUCUUAAAACUUGAAGGGCCUACAGCCCCAGGGGGAUUAGCCAAAAGCAGGCUUGUUUUCUGCUCAGAACAGAGUGGCUGCCCUGAACCCAUCUUUCAUUAUGAUUCACACCAACCUGAAGAAAAAGUUCAGCUGCUGCGUGCUGGCCUUUCUCCUGUUUGCAAUCAUCUGUGUGUGGAAGGAGAAGAAGAAAGGGAGCUACUAUGAUUCCCUUAAGCUGCAAAUCAAGGAAUUCCAGCUGUUGAAAGGUCUGGAGAAACAGGCUGUAACUUCAAGCAGCACCCAGAACCCCCCCAAGAUCAACCAGGCCCUCAGCAUUCCCCGGGGCCCAGCCAAGCCCAAGCAUGAGGCCUCCUUCCAGGUGUGGAACAAGGACAGCUCUUCCAAAAACCUCAUCCCCCGGCUGCAGAAGAUCUGGAGGAAUUAUCUGAAUAUGAACAAAUACAAAGUGUCCUAUAAGGGGCCAGGACCAGGUGUCAAGUUCAGCGCAGAGGCCCUGCACUGCCACCUCCGGGAUCAUGUGAAUGUCUCCAUGGUAGAGUCCACAGAUUUUCCCUUCAACACCUCUGAAUGGGAGGGUUUCCUGCCCAAGGAGAACAUCAGGACCAAGGCUGGGCCAUGGGGCAGGUGUGCUGUGGUCUCAUCAGCAGGAUCUCUGAAGUCCUCCCAGCUGGGCCGAGAAAUAGAUGAUCAUGACGCAGUCCUGAGGUUUAAUGGGGCGCCCACAGCCAGUUUCCAACAAGACGUGGGCACGAAAACCACCAUUCGCCUGAUGAACUCUCAGCUGGUCACCACUGAAGGGCGCUUCCUCAAAGACAGUCUGUACAAUGAGGGAAUCCUAAUUGUGUGGGACCCGUCUGUUUACCAUUCGGAUAUCCCAAAGUGGUACCAGAGCCCUGACUACAGUUUCUUCGAGAACUAUAAGAGCUAUCGCAAGCUGCAUCCUGACCAGCCUUUUUACAUCCUCAAGCCCCAGAUGCCUUGGGAGCUGUGGGACAUCAUUCAGGAAAUCUCCCCAGAGGAGAUUCAGCCCAACCCCCCAUCCUCUGGGAUGCUUGGAAUCAUCAUCAUGAUGACAUUGUGUGACCAGGUGGAUAUUUACGAGUUCCUCCCAUCCAAGCGCAAGACCGAUGUGUGCUACUACUACCAGAAGUUCUUUGACAGUGCCUGCACGAUGGGCGCCUACCACCCACUCCUCUUUGAGAAGAAUCUGGUGAAACACCUCAACCAGGGCACAGACGAGGACAUUUACCUGCUGGGAAAAGCUACACUGCCUGGCUUCCGGAAAAUUCGCUGCUGAGCCUGGACUCCCGGAUCAGGUCCCCUAGCCCUUCUCCACCACAUCCGGGCAGGUCACGUUCCUGAACAAUCACAGCCUGCAUGAUGGGCCUUCUGUCACCAAGAGCCUCAGGCUGCAGGAGUUCCAACAGCAGGCAGCUAGGUCCAGCCUGCCCGGUAGCUGCAGAGGUGUGUGAGCCCAAAGCCUCCCGCUGCACACCUAGCAUUCUCUCCACGCCGCCUUUCCCUCCAGGGCUGCCAAAGCUGAGCUGUUUUCCCCCCAAGAAUGACGUUAUCCUCACAAACCAGCGCUCUCUGUUGCUCAACAUCUGCUCCUAGACAAUGAUUUCACGUGUUAAAGAAAGUCUCCCAAAUUAUGAUUGUGUGUGGGUACAGGGUAGCUCUGGGGAGCCAGGAAGUGGUCUGAGGCAUAGAAAACAUGCUCGAUUCCUCCAGAACAAAGCUGCUCUUGAGGUCCGUGCCCUAGGAAGAUGAGGCAUUCCUAUCACUCUGGCUGGCUUGGUGGGUCCUUAGCCUGGGUGCUCAUGCACAAAGGGUCGUGAUAAACCCACACCCUCUCCGUAUGGAGAAGAGAGGCACGGAAGGACACGGUCUCCAUCCUCCGUUUGCUCACAGUUCAGUGGGAGGGAGACGGAGGGUUCAGUGUGCUCAGUGCACGGGGAAGGGGUGGGGGUGGUGGCAGCGAUGCCGAUUUGCCCAAUUAUGAGCUUACAUGCUCAAGGGGGCACGUAUUCUCUGUGUCUGUGGGUCGUAGGGGGCUUCGCUGAGCUUGGCUGUGGAGAUUUCAGGGGACUGGAGGAACAUGUCAGCAGAUGUUUUGAGUCAUUUGAGUUGUGUUUUCCUUUUUGCCUUUAUUGCCCAUAUUUAUUCUCUAAGGUCUGCCUGACCUUUGAGGCUCAAGUUAUUUUCUGAGGAAGCUGCUUCCCCUGUCACAGGGCAGCCCCAUGGGAGACACCUGGCAAGCCAGAUGCCAAAAACCCAAUUUGUCCGCACUCGGCCUGGCCUGACCCCUCACUGAAGUUGGGGUCACAUACCGUGUCCAUUGCUUCCCUGUUAAUGCUUGCCCCACCCCCCAACCCUGGCUGCCAUCUUGUUUUCCCCUUUAAAGUAGACUUUUUCCCUCUCUCAAAUUACUUUUAAGUAUUUUGUACUUUAAAAGUAUCCUGAUCUGAUGAUUUCUUUCGCCUUCAUGGUCCUUUCACAGAAUGUCUCUCAGGGAGUGGGGAUGUGGUUCCCUAGAAUUUAAACUUGCUCUCAGAAAUGAGCACCUUAGAGACCAUAACGGAUUCUCACAAGGUUUAUCAGAUAGCCAUGCCCUCCACCCCUCCAGCAAGGGGGCGAUAUCACAGUCUCCAGACAGAGGCCCUCCCACCAUGGGGUGCAAACAUGCUUCCUGGGUAGUUUUACUGCAACCUCCUUCUCCAGUGGAGAACCACACUGGACUGGUCUGGCCCCCGGGGAGGAGAAGGUAAAGGACUUGCUCAGGGUCACAAAAUAAUGCUGUAGAACCAGGGUUCAGGGCCUCUUAAGUUUGAGCUCUGGACAAGUUGUCUGGGAGCUGGAGUGCUCACGUACUGCCAGACCCUUGGCUUAUAGGGACAGUAGCAGGAGCCCUGGAGGGAGAAGCUCUGGGUUUUCCAACUGAUACUCCCCUAUAUACCAACCAUGCUGCCAUGAGCAAAUUUUCCUGAGACUCUUUUCGACAUUUGUAAAAUAGGGGUGGUGAGCGUACCUCACAAGGCUGUUGUGUUACAUGAAACACCUGUCCCAGUACUGUACUUGGCACAUAGCAGGUGCUCAGUACCUGGUGGCUUCCUCUCUCCCUCCUUCCCUCCAUUCCUCCCUUUACUAAGGACCUGCUCCAAACUCACACCUGGGCCUGACCUUGCUUUGAGGUAGGUCAGGGAGGGGGUCCUGUCAUCAGGGAAUUAACUAUCCUACUGGGAGACAACAACUACCCUACCUGGCUACCCAGGAAACCAUCCACACAAUGGAGGGUGUAGGUAUAGAAGUGUCCCUCCUCCCCCUUCUCCUCCUCACCCCACCUUCCCCCUCCUUGCAGCUCUGGCCUUUCUGCUUAGGAAUGGGCUGAGCACUUGGGCUGCCUCCUGCUGUGUGGACGAGUCUUUUCCAGCUUUCUGAGCCCAUGAAUUCCCAGCUUGCUUUAGGUCCUGAUUUGAUGCAUACAUUGCAAUCUUUGAAUCAUACACAGUGUGAGGAAGGAGCGUUCCACCAGCAAGAGAGAGGCAUUGGUGUGAGACUACACUGGGUAGAUUCUAGCUUUUCAUUUUUAUUAUUAAUAUAAGGGAUCAGAUUAAUGUCAGUGUGAUUUGGGGUCUAUAGAACUUUUAAUUCUGUGUUCUCAUUAUAUGGAAACUAGUAAAAUGCAAAUCAGAGGUUAUUAUUGUUGGUCUGUUGAGAGGUUUCAUAUUUGUGACAGAUAAUUUAAAAAUGGUGACUGAGUGCCACGGGAAAGUCCCCAUCCUGAGGGGAUCGUGUCUUUGUCAGUAGCCAUCUCUUCAUCCUGUAUCAUGAGGUCCCCCAAUCCUUCAAUCACAUAAGCUAUUCACCUUGGUUUGGCGACCUUGAUCUCAGAAGUGUCUGAAACAUGCCUAAUCAAAUUCUGAAUUACCCAAAGAUGAUGUAAAAUUUUAAAAUAAAUGUGUUUUUAAAAAGCU